AGUCACGAACCUCAAAGGCGCAGAUGGAAAUGAGCCAACAGAAGGCAGUAACCUGCUGAACACCAGUGAAGAAAGGCCACAGAAAUCACCAACAGAACCCAACAGCUUGCUGCGUCUGAAGCAAACACUGGCUUGCCCUCCACACGGCUUGGUGGGAAGAGCGAUCACAAAUGGUACCAUGGUUGUUCUUUUGUGGGCCAUGGUUUGGUCAGUUACUGGCCCUGAAUGUCUUCCUGGAGGAAAUCUGUUUGGAAUUAUAAUCCUGUUCUACUGCGCAGUCGCGGGAGGUAAACUUUUUGGACUCAUUAAGUUUCCAACAUUGCCUCCUCUGCCUCCUCUUCUUGGCAUGCUGCUCGCUGGCUUUCUCUUGAGAAACGUCCCAGUCAUCAGUGAGAAUGUCCGCAUCCAGCACAAGUGGUCCUCUUCUUUGCGAAGCAUCGCGCUUUCUGUCAUUUUGGUUCGUGCUGGCCUCGGUCUGGAUUCCAAGGCCCUGAAGAAGCUGAAGGGGGUGUGUGUGCGACUGGCCAUGGGCCCCUGCAUUGUAGAGGCCUGUGCUUCUGCCCUGCUUUCACACUUCCUGAUGGGUUUGCCAUGGCAGUGGGGCUUCAUACUGGGUUUUGUCGUAGGUGCAGUGUCUCCAGCUGUUGUGGUGCCUUCAAUGCUCCUUUUGCAGGAAGGAGGCUACGGGGUUGAAAAAGGGAUCCCAACUUUACUCAUGGCUGCUGGCAGCUUUGAUGACAUCCUGGCCAUCACUGGCUUCAACACAUGCUUGGGUGUGGCCUUUUCCACAGGGUCUACAGUUUUUAACAUCUUCAGAGGCAUUUUGGAGGUGGUAAUUGGUGUGGCAACUGGAUGUUUUCUUGGGUUUUUUAUUCAGUACUUUCCAAGCAAUGACCAGGGUAACCUGGUGUGGAAACGGGCCUUCCUGGUUCUGGGUUUUGCUGUGUUAGCUGUGUUCAGCAGUGUUUAUUUCGGUUUUCCAGGGUCAGGAGGGCUGUGCACACUGGUCAUGGCCUUCCUUGCAGGCAUGAGGUGGGCUGACAAGAAGUCAGAGGUAGAAAAGAUAAUUGCAGUGACCUGGGAUGUUUUCCAGCCCCUCCUUUUUGGCCUGAUUGGAGCAGAGGUAUCUAUUUCAUCUCUCAGACCAGAAACUGUUGGCCUUUGUGUUGCAACCCUUGGCAUUGCUGUGUUGAUUAGAAUUCUGACUACUUUCCUGAUGGUGUGUUUUGCUGGUUUUAACAUAAAGGAAAAGAUAUUUAUUUCUUUUGCAUGGCUUCCAAAGGCCACAGUCCAGGCUGCCAUUGGGUCUGUGGCUCUGGACACAGCACGCUCACAUGGGGAGAAGCAGUUGGAGGGCUAUGGAAUGGAUGUGCUGACGGUAGCGUUUUUGGCCAUCCUCAUCACAGCACCCAUCGGAAGCCUACUGAUUGGUUUGCUGGGUCCCAGGCUUCUUCAGAAAUUUGAACAUCAAAACGGAGCGGAAAUUCUUCAAGAGACUUCUGCACACAUUCGGAGUGUCGGGGGAGGAAGAAACUUCCUCACUGCCCAAGCUGGGGGUGGGCAGCCUCAUAUGGACCCCACGGGAAAGCAAAGGUUCUCUGCCAGGAAGUCCAUUGAGAGCGCCGCUCCACCCCCGGCCCCGCCCUUCCGUGUCCGGCAAAUACCAGCCCAGUUUCCGUCCUGGAGGUUGGGCCCUUAG